AUGCGCGCAGAUAUCUUUGUCGAUAAUGUACAUAUGGAGUUGUCGCUAUGGGACACGGCCGGACAGGAGGAAUUCGAUCGGUUACGCGCGCUCUCCUACGAGGAUACGCACGUUCUGAUGUUGUGUUUUAGUGUCGACAGCCCCGACUCCUUCGAAAACGUCGGGUCCAAGUGGAUUGCCGAGAUCAAUGAGAAUUGCCCUGGCGUGCGGGUCGUGCUCACCGCGCUCAAGUGCGAUUUGAGGAAAGACGAGGAGAUGAAUGAUAACCCGAAUGCGAUCACGUUUGAUCAGGGUCUGGCUAAGGCCAAGGAGAUUGGCGCUGUGAAGUACUUGGAAUGCUCGGCCGUUCAAAAUCGCGGCAUUAGGGAGAGCUUCUAUGAAGCAGCCAAGGUCGCUCUCGAGGUCAAGCCCGCUGGGGGCAAGGGCUCGGGCUCUUCGUGUAUCAUCAUGUAA